UAACCUGAAUUAUUUACUUAUUGUUUCUAAGUAAUACAUUUUUUUUAACUCGAAACAUUUUCAGCAGAUUUCCUUAAUUUUUAUAACUUUCUCGGUUUGGCCGAAUGGUCCUGGGAAAUACUGUCCAAUUAGGUAUUUCAAAAAAACCUCAACAGUGGGCCGCUAGGAGAAAUAUCUAAGAAAAUAAUUUUUAUUCAAUUCUUCGCCCACAAUGAGACUUACAAACAGCCUAUUGAGCAGAAUAGGAUACUGGUCAAAGAAAUAUGCGAAUUUACCCGACCGCUAUAUUGAGAGAGCGAUGGAGCAGGUAUAUUGGAAAAAUCCAAAAGGUAUUCAGUAUAAACCCAAUGCUGUCAUUAAACGAAAAAAGUUCAAUUUUACCACGAACCGCCCGUGGACGGCUGCAUUUAGGGACGAGAACCAAGGGGUGCCCAGAAAAGUUUUUGUCGAACCAAUUAAAAAUUGGAGUUGGUUUCGAGGUGACCGAGUGGAAAUAUUAGUUGGUAAAGAUAAAGGCAAACAAGGAUAUGUAAGGGAUAUAUUUCAGGAACGAAAUUGGGUUAUUGUUGAAGGAUUAAAUUGCAAGUUGAAACAAAUGGGGGAUACUGAAGAGUUGUCUGGUGUAUGGAUACAAGAAGAACAGCCAUUACUUGUAACUACUGAUAUUAGCCUUGUGGAUCCUUCAGAUUUAGCUCCUACAGGUAUUGAAUGGAGGUUCAUGGAAGAUGGUACACGAGUCAGGGUUUCAACAAGGACUGGCAGAAUAAUUCCUAUGCCGAAGGCAGCAGAGGAGACCAUAGAUUAUAAAACAAAAAAUACUUAUAAAGAACAACCUAAGGAUACUACAAAGGAUAAUGCCAUUGAAAUAACCUUUCAACCUAAACUGUGCACUUUUGAAAUGGACAUUAUGGAGAAAAUGGGCAUUAAAGAGGAUAGAGUCCCAGCUAAAACAUAUUGGUAUUAGGUUUUAUUAUAUACUAUGUUAUCAUAUUUUAAUAAAUGUAAAAUUAUA